CGGAUUUGAAGAUGUAUUCGUUGUUCAAAAAAAAUCUACAUAUGUGGAUAACGAUCAUUUGGCUUUAUUAACAAAAAAAGCGGAGGUGUUUCUUUUUGAAACCUUUGGUAACGUUUAUCGAAAGCUUGAUCAAAGCUCCAUCAUCAAGGGUCGGAAUAAAAAAAUUACCUAUAAACUGGCAUCGUUAGACUUUAUUGUGAACAAAAAGCAAAUGCUAUUAGGAUUUAGCAGUGAACAUUUGCUAGCAUAUGACAAAUACGAUCAUUGUCAUAAACUAUUAUACGAUGGGACAGGUAAAAGCUUUAUGGUUAUCGUAUGUGGUCAUAGAUACCAUAAGAGCUGUUUCACUAUUUUAUUAAAUAAAAAAUGCUUUUAUUGUGAAAAUAUUUUUAAAUUGGGUAUACGAAAUAAUGUUUUAUCUCUUCUUUCACGAUUAAGUAAAUUAGAUACUAAGAAAUCAAAUCUAAAGGAAUUUAUUGAUGCUGACGAUGAUAGUCCACGAGAUCAGAAGAUAUUAGAUGAAGAUGAUAUAUUAGAAGUGCUUCGAAAAGAUAAGCAAGCAUUACCGAGAGUGAAGCAAGCUUAUUCUACGGCUCUUGAAAGAUUUUUAAAUAUUUAG